AUGGAGGAAGUUUUGUCGAGGUUGUUAAACAAGAGGUUGUCGGAGGGGAGGAUUCUGCCUUUUUCACAUCCUGUAAAUGCCCUCAGAAUUACACACUUUUUGUAUGCUGAUGAUGUGGUGGUCUUUGUGAAUGGGAGUACGAGUUCGAUUAGGUGCUUAAUGAGAGUAUUGAAGGAUAUGAGCGCUGGACAGGGCAGAGGGCCGGUGAAUUUUGACAAAUCGGUUAUUUUUUUCUCUAAGCAUUUGACAUAUAGACGAACUCGGGAGUUGUUGAUGGAUACUGGUUUUUCUGAGGGCCAGUUCUCAUUUACGUACUUGGGUGCUCCGAUUGUGGAUGGCCGGCUGAAAAUUAGACAUUUUAUGCUAUUGCUGGAACGCGUUGAGAAAAAGUUGACUGGUUGGAAAAGCCGUCUACUUUCACAAGGGUGUAGAUUAAUUUUGUUGAGGCGUGUUUUUUCAAGCUUACCAAUUCAUUUACUUUGUGACUCAGAUGCCUAA